GGAUUGACAAAGAUUUUUCACCAUUUCUGUGAAAAAUGUUUAGUGUCAUUGACAAGAUUGAUCGGACUUUCACGGCGGAUCAAGAAUUUGCUUGCUUAUCGUCGACAUCGUCGUCUUUUGAUUCGAUCGGGAAUAACAGUGACGACGAUGAAGGUGGAGAGAAUGAGGUUGAGUCUUCUUACAAAGGUCCUCUUGAUAUGAUGGAGUCUCUUGAAGAAGCCUUGCCCAUCAAGAGAGGGAUAUCAAAGUUUUACAAAGGGAAGUCGAAGUCGUUCACGAGCUUAUCGGAAUCAGCAUCUUUGCCGGUGAAGGAUUUGACGAAACUGGAGAAUCCUUAUAGUCGCCGGCGGAGGAAUCUUCUCAGUCAUCGUAUACGUAGUCGUGGUGGGAUCUCGAAGAAACCGGUCAGGAGUGUUUUAGCGGUGGCCGUGAUGGCGAUGCGUCAAAGAGAAGGAGACUCUUCUUCUUCCUCCGGCGAGAAUUCUCUUCCGACGCCGUAUCAUAAGAAUCACCCGAGGCAGAGAAAAGGGUCUUUUGAAGCUUUUACAUUUCAAGACAAAAGCGAGAAGGAUGAGGAUCACGAGAAGGCCACCAAAGGAGCCACAAAGCCUGUGAAUCCAAUAGGGAUCAAACCUGGUCAAGCUCUGGUCACAGUACAGAGACAAGGCAAUGGCCAGGAUCAAGAAUAGCAGAAGCAAGGAGAGGUUAAAGAAAAAGCUCAAGGGUUCGUCUUCAGGUUCUUGAUCGUCUUCUGAUGAACUAUCUAUGUAGAGCGGUGAGAGCACGGCUAGUACUGACAAGCUGAUGGCCAAAAACUUCCUGGAUAAUGUAAACCUCGAUCCUUCCAUCAAGAAUCGAGAGAUCCUUGACUUCCAAAAUCUUCUUGUUGUUUGUUGCUCAAUACUUACAAUUUUUACUCUGUAUUUCUUGGGAAGGACGAGACUAAGUUUGCAAGAAAUUGGCUGAGGGAAUUGAACUGAGAACUCAGGUGUUUGGUUUGGGAGAAAAGCUUUGUGUGAAUAGACCAGUUUGGUUCAAACACCAGAUGUCUUGUAAAUGAAGGAUCAGAACCCAACAUUAACAUAACUAUUCUUUGGAAUCAGAUGCUUCUUCACUUUUUGUUUCUUUUAACAUUUUCAAUUUGUUCUGUUUAUUCUAUAAGAUUAAUAAAGAUGUAAAAACUCU